AUGUCUACAAUACAGCAAGUUAAGCAAAUAACCAAAACGAAAACGAAGACUGCAAUUACGACUGAACAGUCGCAAAAGUUGAUCCAAACAAUGCUGACGAUGUCCUUUGGCUGUUUGGCAUUUUUAAGAGGUCUUUUUCCAGAUGACUCGUUUGUAGAUCAAAAAUUUGUUGCUGAGAAAUGUAAUGCUUCCUAUGAUAAGUUAAAUGCUGCUAGUAUCAGGAUAAAAACAUUAGUUCGCGGUAAAUCAGAUGAGGCAGAUAUGUUUUUGGACUGGCUUGAAAAGGGAGUAUUCACAGCAAUAAAGAUGAGGUAUUUAAAAGCAAUAUCAUUAGGCAUAUUCACAGACAAAAGUGCUCCACAAGAUCUACUUGAAAGUUACAUUUUCUCAUUUGAUUAUCCCACUUCAUCUACUGUAAAUCUGCAUAUAAACGAGCACGAUGAGGCAAUUUCUCUUUUAGAUUCGAGGAAAAUGAUGCAACAAUUAAUGAGGAGGUUUAUUAUCAUAACGCAGUCUUUAGACCCCUUACCCAGGGAAAGGUAUCUGACAAUGAGGCUGCUAUUUAAUGACUCUGCACCAGCCGACUACCAACCAGAAUUUUUCAAAGACGCAUCAUUAGAACCAGCAGCAACGAUUAAAAUACCUAUUAGUACCGACAUGGAUACUGUUUCUGUUGGGAGCUUAAAUACACUCCACCACACGGUUGGUCUAAAGGUCUUGUCUCUUGUGGAUAUAGAUCCACAGGAGUGUGAAAACCCAAAUAUAAAAGCUGUAGACCCAUUUAAGCUUGUUACUGAGACGCCUGAGCUUAAAGUGGACCCCAUUGACGCUAGCAGAUAUAAUAGUCAGACCACCAAUAUGCUUCAAGACUACCUGAGAUCUCCAUCUGGUAAAAUUUGUCCGACACAAGCCAUUAACUUGAAUGAAGAUGCCGAUAUAUUAGAAUGUGAGUGCAGGUCGCCAUGUUCGGAUACAUUUAUCAAAAGGUGUAAUAAGUGUUCUCGUACUGUACAUGGUUUAUGCUACGGUAACAGUAGGUCCUCUAGCCUGCAUCAAUGUAUUACUUGUUUACUAGGAAACGAAGGUUUAGUUGAUCUAGAUUCCAAAGAAUUUAAAGUCCUGAUGGUAACAAGGAAAUUGUUCAGGUAUUUAAAGAGUAACCCUAGUUUUGGCAAUUCGGUAAGAGACUUACAGCAAAAGCUGUUUGCUGAUGAUAAGAGUGUUCAAACUACAGAGCUUUUGAAUAUAGCAUUAUCAAUUUUUGUUCAUGACGACGUAAUAAUUGUUGAACAGCAUAGAAAGAGAAAUUCCAGAGGACAUUUUAAAAAAGAAUCAAGCUAUGUCGACAUAGAUUCUGAGGGCAUCAUCACACCUACUGGUCCCUUAAAGGUUGGUAGACAUGUGUUUACCUUGUUCUUAGGUUCUAAGAAUGCACAAAAGUGCUAUAAGGAACUGAUACCAAUAACUCGGGAACAAUUAGUAGUAUGGAUACAUUCUAUUAAGAAGUCAAUUAGCAAUCUUAAUCGGAAUAAGUACAAUGUUGAUUCUAAUUCUUCUUCUCUAAACCUUAGCUCCCUCGCAAUCGAUGACACGGCUAAUCACGUCGGUGUAUCAAAACGUAAAAACAAUGAUUAUGGUGAGAGUAACAUAGAUAUUGACUACCAAAGCAAUCCUAAGAAGGUUAGGAAAAUAAGUGUAUCUAAAAAGACUUUGAAAAGCACAUGGUAA